UUAUUGGCGGCCCCGAGGUUCCUCUGGAGAAUAAAGGCCUGGAGCUGAGCGUCCUGCCAACCUUCUGCUCUCCCAGGACACAGACACAAUCUACCUCUCUCGCUGCUCCGUCCAGCUCCUUCUGUGCCGGCCAUGGCAGCCCAGGAGCCCCUCCACGUGAAGACCCCGCUGCGUGACAGCAUGGCCCUGUCCAAAGUGGCUGGCACCAGUGUGUACCUAAAGAUGGACAGUUCCCAGCCCUCAGGCUCCUUCAAGAUCCGAGGCAUCGGACACCUCUGCAAGACGAGGGCAGCACAAGGCUAUAGACAUUUUGUCUGCUCUUCAGCGGGCAAUGCAGGCAUGGCAACAGCCUAUGCUGCCAGAAGGCUGGGCAUCCCGGCCACUAUCAUUGUUCCUAGCACCACACCCACCCUCACCAUUGAACAGCUCAAGAAUGAAGGUGCCACAGUUGAAGUCGUGGGAGAGAUGUUGGAUGAGGCCAUCCAACUGGCCAAGGCUCUAGAAAGGAACAACCCAGGCUGGGUGUACAUCCAUCCCUUCGACGACCCUCUCAUCUGGGAAGGCCACACUUCCAUCGUCAAGGAAUUGAAGGAGACGCUGAGUGCCAAGCCUGGGGCCAUUGUGCUCUCGGUUGGCGGCGGGGGCCUGCUGUGUGGAGUUGUCCAGGGGCUGCAAGAGGUGGGCUGGGAGGAUGUGCCCGUCAUCGCCAUGGAGACCUUCGGUGCUCACAGCUUCCAUGCUGCCAUCAAGGAAGGAAAGCUGGUCACCCUGCCCAAGAUCACCAGUGUUGCCAAGGCCUUGGGUGUGAACACUGUGGGGGCGCAGGCCCUGAAGCUGUUUUACGAACACCCCAUUUUCUCUGAGGUCAUCUCGGACCGGGAGGCUGUGUCCGCUAUUGAGAAGUUUGUGGAUGAUGAGAAGAUCCUAGUGGAACCUGCGUGUGGCGCGGCUCUGGCUGCAGUGUACAGUGGCGUGGUGUGCAGGCUGCAGGAUGAGGGCCGGCUGCCAAGGCCGCUGACUUCACUGGUGGUGGUUGUGUGUGGCGGCAGCAAUAUCAGCCUGGCACAGCUGCAGGCUCUCAAAGCACAGCUCGGUCUGAAUGGGCUGCCCAAGUGACCCCGCACCCUAAGUAGUGUGGGCAGAGGACGCACCUGACAGUGGCUUCACCCUCCUUUACCCGUGUUUAUAAUGUGCACUUUUUCACUGUAAAUAAAUAAUAUAUAUAUAUAUUUAUAAAGCAAA